AUACGACGUUGUACGAAAGGAGACAAAACUAAGGCCGAUGCCCUAAUCACAAACGAACGGAAUGUGAGGUCUAUAUAUGUGUAUAUAUACAUAUAUAUGUCCUGACAGAGCUUCUUUCGCUUAUUCAUUUCUGGGUUUGGAGGAGGCAAAUAAAAGGGUGAAAAAGGAAAGAGAGAGAGAGAGAGAGAGAAGAUUCGAUUUUUUUUGGGGGGUUGUUGUGAAAUAAUGGGGAGAGGGAAAGUGGAGCUGAAGAGGAUAGAGAACAAGAUAAACAGGCAAGUCACCUUUGCAAAGAGAAGGAACGGCCUGCUGAAGAAGGCCUUUGAGCUCUCCGUUCUCUGUGAUGCCGAGAUCGCACUUAUCAUCUUCUCUAACCGCGGCAAGCUCUAUGAGUACUGCAGCAGCCCUGACGGUACGGCAAACGCGAUUGAGAGGUAUCGAAAGUGGAGAUAUGAAACGAUGGAUCCCAGUCAAUCCGCAAAGGAGAUGCAGGAGAAGCACCAAGAUUACUUGAAGCUCAGAUCAAGAGUUGAGACCCUCCAACACUCACAAAGGCGUUUUCUCGGCGAAGGGGUUGGAGAGUUAGGGGUGGACGAACUCGAGCUGCUUGAACGCCAAGUAGACACUUCGUUAAAGCAGAUAAGAUCAACCAAGACAAAGUUUAGACUCGAGCAACUUUCCGAACUUAAAAGAAAGGAGGAAAUGCUAAUGGAAACUAACGAAGGGCUGAGGAGAAAGCUGGAGGAGAGAGAAGCGGCCAUUAACAAGUGGCAAUGGGGAGCUUCAGGGCCAGGCACGUCGCUUGCCGCAGACACUCCGAAUGGGGGAGAGGGUUUCUUCCAACUCCUCCAAUCCAACAGAGGAGUGCAGAUUAUGUUGGAUAUCUCAGAGUGACUAUAGAACUCGAAAUUGAUUUUUAAUAUAUCUAUGAGUGGAAUGUGGUGUGAGUUUAUUACUAUUCAUAAGUAAUAUACUAAUCUAUGACGAUAUGUGCCGAUAACUUACAUAGUUGUGAUUUAUAUAUUAAG